CCUCGGCGCCCUCGGCGCGAGGCCAGCACUUCGCACAUCGCCCGAGACCGCCUAGUGUACGGAAUUUACAUACCUUUAAACUACGAAAACUGUGGCCUCGCUACGCCCGACGCUUAGGAGAGCAUCAGUUUAAUUGUGACUCAGCAUCUUCGCCUGUGCGGACCGUCGCGCCGCACCCUUCAAACACACCAUGAGCGACCAAAAACGGUUGAGGGAACUGGUCUCGGGCCUCAUCUUCGCUGCCGGCACCAUAUCCGCCUAUUUUCUGAUUCGGGAAGUCGUCACGCCAUAUCUCGCCAAGCUCGUCGACCCCGACCGAGAGAAACACGAACAAGCCAGGUUGAAAGCACAGGCGAACCUCCAGAGGAUACGACGGAAGAGGCUCGAGGCAGAGGGCAACGAGGACGACGGCGACGAUGAGUCUCGAGGGGCGAACAGGUUGGAUAACCUGGUUCUCAACGAAUACGAGAACCAGGUAGCGCUCGAGGUCGUGGCUCCCGAAGACAUCCCGGUCGGCUUUGACGCAAUCGGCGGCCUCGAAGACAUCAUUGAAGAGCUUAAGGAGUCUAUCAUCUAUCCUUUGACCAUGCCGCACCUGUAUCGGCAUGGCGGUGCGCUGCUGGCGGCGCCCUCGGGUGUCUUGCUCUACGGGCCGCCAGGGUGUGGCAAGACCAUGCUGGCCAAGGCGGUAGCCCACGAGAGCGGCGCCUCAUUCAUCAACCUCCACAUUUCGACCCUCACCGAGAAAUGGUAUGGCGACUCCAACAAGCUCGUCCGCGCUGUAUUUUCUCUGGCGAAGAAGCUCCAGCCAGCAAUCAUCUUCAUCGACGAGAUAGACGCAGUAUUGGGGACAAGGCGGAGCGGGGAGCACGAGGCUAGCGGCAUGGUCAAGGCGGAGUUCAUGACCCUCUGGGAUGGGCUCACAUCGACGAAUGCCGCCGGAGUUCCUAACAGGAUCGUGGUGUUGGGUGCCACGAACAGAAUCAACGAUAUCGACGAAGCGAUCCUCAGGAGGAUGCCCAAGAAAUUCCCCGUGCCGCUUCCCGGACUGGAGCAACGGCGGCGCAUCUUGCAGUUGGUGCUCGGCGACACAAAGCGCGAUCCAGAGCACUUUGACCUCGACUACAUCGCCCGGGUCACCGCCGGUAUGUCUGGCAGCGAUAUCAAAGAGGCAUGCCGAGAUGCGGCCAUGGUUCCCAUGAGAGAAUACAUCCGCCAACAGCGAGCCUCCGGGGCUAACAUGUCCCGCGUGAACCCCGACCACGUCCGUGGAAUCAGAACGGAUGAUUUCUUUGGCCGCCGAGACGGGCGAGUCCUCGCAGCAGAAACGCACUCCCGCCAAACAAGCACCGCCAACACGCAGUCCAAGGCUUCGAGUGAUGAAUACGAGGAUGUCGAAGAGGAUGAAGACGACAAGGUCACGACAUCGGCAUAGGUGGCUUGCUCAACCCUUGUACAUCAAAUUACACCGGCAGCCCGGCUACUUUGGUUUCCUGUAUGGUCCAGUUGUUUAAGACUUAUGAU